CUUCAUUGUUAUCAUGGCAAAGAUUACUAGAACAUUUUCACAGAUGAUGCAAAAAAAGUAACCAUCAUAGCCAGAGUAAGUAUCCUGGGCAAAGGAAUGUUUCCAGAUACAAUAAUGGGUGAGGGAAAGCUGGAGAAGUGCUUGAUGAUUUCUAAAAGGAAAAAUAAUCUCUCUCUCUUUCUUUCCACCCCCCCUUACACUCUCUCUCUCUCUCUCUCUCUCUCUCUCUCUCUCUCUCUCUGUCUCUCAGUCCCAGCCCCUGAAGGUGUCAUAACUGUGCUCUCUCCCUCUUGCUCUCUAUCACCGCCUUUCAAAUCUUUAAAAGCCGCUGCUUGCCGUUUCUCACUCGUUCUCGGUUUGUAUCCUCUGGCACUGCAGGGGACUCCCGGCUCUCAGCCUCACUAAGCUGAAAAACGAGCAAAGAAACAGAGAGGGGAAAGAGAAAUAGACUUCCAGAAAUAGCAUCAGCCACGUACGACACAACUGAGCAUGGAGAACCUGAGACCCGGACGCAAGAUGUCCUUCCUUUCCAACUUGACCCCCGUUGUCCUGUUGCUGAUCGUCCACUGUGGAUCCUCGUCUUUGGCGGGUCGCUUGGGCCCCAACAAAAACUGUCAGACCUGCAAAGAUGGGCACCCCUUGGCUGCGGGCCGGACCUCCAGGGAUCCGGCUGGGGCGCCCAGCACAAAUGUGUUGGCGUUGGGGGAGCCCUGUGGGGUUUACACACUGAGCUGCGCCAAGGGGCUUCGCUGUGUACCCCCUCCACGUGAACAUAGCCCCCUUCAGGCUCUGCUGCAGGGCAGAGGCUCCUGCACCAAACAGAGCAAAACGAGUCCCACCGAGAGGCCCCGCCCCACAGGGCCACAUCCUUCGAACAGUGGUGAAAUAGAAAAGGCUCCAUGUCGUAAGCUGCUCAACUCUGUCUUGCGUGGACUCGAACUCACCAUUUUCCAGUCGGAUCGGGACAUCUACAUCCCAAACUGUGACACUCGUGGUUUCUACAGGAAAAAGCAGUGUCGGUCCUCUAAGGGCAUGCAGCGUGGCCAAUGCUGGUGCGUCGACGAGAUGGGAAACACAGUGCCAUCACGUGCCGGCGAGGAUGGCAUUUUACCAUGUGAUGGAGAGUGAGGGGAGCGACUGCCCCACAGCUCUGAGCCUGGAGGAGGAGGAGGGGUACAGGGAGAGGGGAUGACUUCAACUUGGUGCAAGCCACUGCCAGACCAGAACACUCCAGGGAUAAACCACUUGACAUGGGAAUGGGCCCUCACUCAGAACGUCCAAACCACAUUCACUGCCAUAAACUCGAAUAAACAGCAUCAGAACACUAAUGACCACUACACCACAUGAACUUAAGCUGGGAUAGAUCAGCUGUUACAGAGAGAUAUUUAAUUCCCUGGCCACAACUUCUAUCCACGCUUAUGUUUGUUUUUCAAUGGGCGGUUUAACUAUUAAGCAGAUGCUUUCGAACCCGUCCCCUCUCCCCUUCUUCAGUGAUACACUGACUAAACUAUACUUAUGAAAAUGGAACAUACUUUCUCGUCUAAUUUAUUCUGGAGUUACUAAAUUUCCUUGAAUUUUCUCCUCAAAGACUUGCGUGCUUUUGAAUUGUACACAUUGUUAUGUAAUCGACAUCUAAACUCUAUCAUAAUGUGCACAUUUGGCAAGUACUCGUUUAGGCCUAUAUGACACUCUGCAAAUGCACGUCGUGGAUUAUUUGUACAUAAGUGCGGUUAUCGUGGUUGGUUGUGUCAUGAGGUAGAAUAUUCUUGAAUGCUGAUGGCUGUUAU